CUCCGACCCGGUCCGGGCACCAGGCGGCGGUGGGGUAGCACCUGGGUCACGGUCACCCGACGGAGCCCGCGGAAAGGGAAGCGGCGGCGGGCCCCAGGCCACAGGUGACAGGCGCGCUCCGCGGAACGGGUGGUCCCCGCACCCUGGAGAAGGGGGCGCCGGCCACACGCAGCGUCCCCGCGCACUCUUCCGGGGCGCGGGCAGGUCCGGGCCGGAGGCGGCAGAAGGCGCGGCCUGGCGGCAGCUGCGCGUUCUCCGGAUACAUCGGGCCGAAAAUACGCUCGGCGGGCUUCCUCGUUCCGCAGCCCUUCCCGGACCGGGCGGGCAGGGUCCCAGGGUGGCCGAGGCGCGGACGCGGGCGCCGGGCAUCCUCGCUUCCCAGUCGGCGGCAGCCGGGACCCCAGUCGUGCGGCGCGGCCCCGGGGAAGGGGGGAGUCCCCGGCCCCGAGGCCGUCGACGCUCCUGCAGCCCCGUCUGCUAGGCCCCGCACGGGAAUGCGGACACCUGCCCCGCCGAGGUGAGAUCACUGGACAAUGCCACCUGCUUUGUGGACAGUGUGGGUCUUGGGGUCUGUAAUCAGCCUCCCCAAGGAGGGAGCCUCUGAUCAGGCUUCUUCUCUGUCUUGUGACCCCACUGGUGUCUGCGAUGGCCGCUCCAGAUCUUUAAACUCCAUCCCCUCAGGGCUCACGGCAGCUGUGAAAAGCCUUGACCUGUCCAGCAAUGAGAUCACCUAUGUCAGCAACAGCGACCUGCGGAGGUGUGUGAACCUCAGGACUCUGAGGCUGGGGGCCAAUGAAAUUCACACGGUGGAGGAAGAUUCUUUUUUUUCGCUGAGGAGUCUUGAAUAUUUGGACUUAUCCUAUAAUCGUUUAUCUUACUUCUCAUCCUCCUGGUUCAGAUCCCUUUCUGCCUUGAAAUUCUUAAACUUACUGGGAAAUUUAUACAAAACACUCGGGGAAAGAUCUCUUUUUUCUCAUCUCCCAAAUCUGCGAAUCCUGAAAGUAGGAAAUAGUAACAGCUUCACUGAGAUUCAGGAAAAGGAUUUCGCUGGGCUAACUCUUCUUGAGAAACUUGAGAUUAAUGCUCCAAAUAUGCAGACAUAUGCGCCGAAGAGUUUAAAGUCAAUCCGGAACGUCAGCCAUCUGAUUCUUCAUCUGAAGCAGCCUGUUUUACUGUUGGAGAUUUUUGUAGAUAUUUUAAGUUCCUUAGAACAUUUAGAACUGAGAGAUACUAAUUUGAACACUUUUCAUUUUUCAAAAGUAUCCAUCAGUGAAACGAAUACAUCGAUUAAAAAGUUUACAUUUAGAAAUGUGCAAAUCACUGACGAAAGUUUUACUGAAGUUGUGAAACUGUUUAAUUAUGCUUCUGGAGGCUUAGAAGUAGAGUUUGAUGACUGUACCCAUGAUGGAGUUGGUGAUUUUAGGACAUUGACUCUGGAGACAAUGAAACGCCUACGUGACGUGGAGACAUUAACAAUACGGAAGUUGCAUGUCCCACAGUUUUUCUUAUUUCGUGAUCUGAGUAAUAUAUAUUCACUCACAGGAAAAGUUAAAAGAAUCACAAUAGAAAACAGUAAGGUUUUUCUGGUUCCCUGUUUACUUUCACAACAUUUAAAAUCAUUAGAAUAUUUGGAUCUCAGUGAAAACUUAAUGUCUGAAGAAACCUUGAAAAACUCAGCCUGUGAGCAUGCCUGGCCCUUCCUAAAAACCUUAGUUUUAAGGCAGAAUCGUUUGAAAUCAUUAGAAAAAACUGGAGAAAUUUUGCUUACUCUGAAAAACCUGACUAACCUUGAUAUCAGUAAGAAUAAUUUUCAUUCAAUGCCUGAAACUUGUCAGUGGCCAAGAAAAAUGAAAUAUUUGAACUUAUCCAGCACAAGAAUACAAAGUUUAACCCGUUGCAUUCCCCAGACACUGGAAAUUUUAGAUAUUAGCAAUAACAAUCUCGAUUCAUUUUCUUUGAUUUUGCCAAAACUCAAAGAACUUUAUAUUUCCAGAAAUAAGUUGAAGACUCUACCAGAUGCCUCCUUUUUACCUGUGUUAUUAGUUAUGAGAAUCAGCAGAAAUAUAAUAACUACUUUCUCUAAGGAGCAACUUGAUUCUUUUCAAAAACUGAAGACUUUGGAAGCUGGUGGCAACAGUUUCGUUUGCUCCUGUGACUUCCUGUCUUUCACACAGGGGCAGCAGGCCCUGGCCCAGGUCCUGAUCGACUGGCCAGAAGAAUACGUGUGUGACUCUCCAUCCUCCGUGCGGGGCCAGCGGGUUCGGGACACCCGGCUCUCGCCUUCUGAAUGCCACAGGGCAGCUGUGGUGUCUGCCGUGUGCUGUGCCCUUUUCCUGUCGUUCCUGCUCGUGGGAGUUCUGUGCCACCGUUUCCACGGACUGUGGUACAUGAAGAUGAUGUGGGCCUGGCUCCAGGCCAAGAGGAAGCCCAGGAAGGCUCCCCGCAGGGACAUCUGCUAUGACGCCUUUGUGUCCUACAGUGAACGGGAUUCCUACUGGGUGGAGAACCUCAUGGUCCAGGAGCUGGAGCACUUCAGACCUCCCUUUAAGUUGUGUCUUCACAAGCGGGACUUCAUUCCUGGCAAGUGGAUUAUCGACAAUAUCAUUGACUCCAUUGAAAAGAGCCACAAAACCAUCUUUGUGCUUUCUGAGAACUUUGUGAAGAGUGAGUGGUGCAAGUACGAGCUGGACUUCUCCCAUUUUCGUCUCUUUGAUGAGAACGACGAUGCUGCCAUUCUCAUUCUGCUGGAGCCCAUUGAGAAAAAGGCCAUCCCCCAGCGUUUUUGUAAGCUGCGGAAGAUCAUGAACACCAAGACCUACUUGGAGUGGCCCGCUGAUGAGACGCAGCAGGAAGGGUUUUGGGUAAAUUUGAGAGCUGCAAUAAAGUCCUAGGAUCCUUCAUUAAGGGUCAGUCUUGGUCUGGUGGUGGUCUUUCUAUCACUAGUUAUAACUAAGUCCAUUCUGACCCAAUUAUAUGUAAACUAUAUGAAUGAGGACUUGCUUACUGAAACAACUAAAACUGUUCAAAAGCUGCUACCAGAUUGGAAAAACAUAGUUCUGGGCUUUUCUUUAUCCUAUGAGAUAAUCAUGAUCUCACUGCAUUAUUGAUAUCUGAAUUAUCUGUACCAAUUGACUUAGUUCAUUAGGAAACAGCAGAAAUGAGCAGAAGAUUUCAAAUGACUGUGUCCGUCAGCUUUCUGCCAGGAGACUCACGCACGUCUGUAGAGGUCGUUCUCCAUCCCCGCACCUGUCCCUUCUGUGCCUGACUGCUCUCAAGAGCAGCAAGGCAAAAUGUUAUUGCUGUUCUUAGAAAAAAAGUGCUGUGUGUCCUCAUUAAGCUUCACAGGAUACAAAAAACCCUAGAAGGUAUAUUUUCAUAUGAACUGGAUCUGUCUUUCUCGCUAUUUGAUAGGUUUCUCCAGCCAUAGUUACUUGAGAGAGGGUAUAUAACCCAAGAUGCAGUAAAUUAUGUAUUUCUAUGAAAAUGAAACUAAUGAAAUAUAUACUCAGUUUUGAAGGAUUUGAAA